CUCUUACUAGAAAAGACAAAUUCUACCGUUUCAAAAGUCUUGAGCAAAUCAUUGUUUUUUGAUUCUUGAAUUCUUUGAGGGAACGAGAAAACUGUACAAGAGAGAUUCAUGGCUGAUAGUUGUUGUAUCAGACUUCUUCACUUAGCCUUUGUUUUCUUGCUUUUAAUUUCAUCCUUCAUCUUGCAGGGUACUGCAGCAGGAAAUCUUUCCAAGCAGAAACUGACCUCAUUGAUUCUUCAGAAUGAGAUUGUAAAGGAAGUCAAUGAGAAUCCAAACGCUGGAUGGAAAGCUUCUUUGAAUGAUCGGUUUGCAAACGCCACCGUUGCAGAGUUUAAGCGUCUUCUUGGUGUUAAACCAACACCAAAGACGGCAUACCUAGGUGUACCUAUUGUAAGACAUGAUUUAUCUUUGAAGCUUCCAAAAGAAUUUGAUGCUAGAACAGCUUGGUCACAGUGCACAAGUAUUCCAAGGAUCUUAGAUCAGGGUCAUUGUGGUUCUUGCUGGGCAUUUGGUGCUGUUGAAUCACUCUCCGACAGGUUUUGCAUCAAAUAUAACUUGAAUGUUUCUUUAUCUGCCAAUGAUGUUGUAGCAUGUUGUGGAUUACUUUGCGGUCUAGGUUGUAAUGGUGGAUUCCCAAUGGGUGCAUGGCUGUACUUUAAGUACCACGGGGUAGUAACCGAAGAGUGUGAUCCAUACUUUGACAAUACUGGUUGCUCUCACCCGGGAUGUGAACCCGGUUACCCUACCCCAAAAUGUGUGAGGAAAUGUGUUAGCGAAAACCAGCUAUGGGGUGAAUCAAAACACUAUGGCGUCAGCGCAUACAGAAUCAAUCAUGACCCUCAAGACAUUAUGGCAGAGGUUUACAAGAACGGACCUGUCGAGGUUGCUUUUACCGUUUACGAGGACUUUGCACAUUACAAAUCAGGAGUGUACAAGCACAUAACGGGUACUAAGAUUGGAGGUCAUGCUGUUAAGCUCAUUGGCUGGGGAACUUCUGAUGACGGCGAAGAUUAUUGGUUGCUUGCAAAUCAAUGGAACCGAAGCUGGGGUGAUGAUGGUUACUUCAAGAUCAGGAGAGGAACGAACGAAUGUGGCAUUGAACACGGUGUUGUAGCCGGUUUACCUUCAGACAGGAACGUAUUUAAAGAUGUAACCACUUCAGAUGAUCUUCUGGUUUCCUCAUUUUAAACAAGAAGAUGUGUCUCUACUUCUUCUGUGAUACUAUAUACAACUGUUAAUAAAUUAGUUACCGAACUAAUGCAAUGAAUAAAUAAACAAUCAACAUGUUACAAAAAUACUUAUGACA